CAGAGCUUUCCCCCCCCCCCCCUCCCUCCGAGAUAAAGCACAAGCCAUGGCACCGACCGCGACCAUGGAUAACGGAACAGAGCGCCCGCGGCAGCCGGACCUGUCAAAGUACCCGAAACUCUCACGGGAGCAGGCGGGCCACCUCCGACACUUCCACAACCUCGUUUCCCAGCCCGACAACGACUGGCACCUCAUGGGGUCGCAGGAGCCGCUGCAGGAGUUCCUGGACGCCUACCGCUACCAGCUCGCGACGAUGGCGUACGCCGCGGGGCUGGCGCACUAUCACCGCCAGCCGGCGCUGCGGGGCGUCUACAAGCCGCUGGUGCGCCGGGCGAUCCGCAAGAUGCUCCUGCGCACCGUCUGGGCCUACUGGUUCAACACCAGCAUGGCCGGCACCGCCACCGACCCGGACCUGAAGGAGCUGCGGACGCCGUGGGCCGACCCCGUCGCCCGGGAGAACAUCAUGUACAGCGGCCACCUGCUGAUGAUGGUCUCGCUCUACGCGAUGCUGUUCGACGACGACGAGUUCGAGGCGCCCGGCGCGCUGCAGUUCGUCUGGGACCCCCUUUUCUUCGGCAUGGGGCCCGAGACCUUCUCGUACAGCGCGCAGACGCUACAGGACGCGAUACUGCGGGAGAUGGAGGGCAACGGCUGGGUCGGGUCCUGCUGCGAGCCGAACUGCGUGUUUGUCGUCUGCAACCAGUUCCCCGGAUGCGCGUCGAGGCACAUGCGUAAUCGAGGGGUCCUGGAGAAGUAUAGGGCAGCCUGGGACGAGAAGGGGCUGGUCGGGCCGGAUGGCCUACUCCCGGAUUUCUGGAUGGUCAGGCAGAACGUGACCCUCCCUGCCAGAGACCCCGCCUUCACGGCUUGGGGGUGCGCCUUCAUGAACGCCUGGAACAGCGCGUUCGUGCGGUCCCAUUUCGACGAGCAGUCUCUGGGCUACGUCACCAACACCGGGGGGGAGGUGCGGCUGAACCAGCCCUCGGUCGCGGCCGAGUUCAGGAAGCUCGUCAAGGAGCACGGGGCGUCCCCGACUUCCCGCGCGACGCUCGAGACGGCGCGCCGGAACGUGAAAGAAGCCAUGCGGGCCGAUCCCGCCGAGGGGAAGAAGGGCUUCCCGUACACCAAGCCCACGUUCGGACGCCGCGCUGAAGGGGCUGCUCGAGUACGCCGACGAGAACCUUGGUCCUACGUGGGAACGCGGGGGCUGUACUACCCCCGCAACGACCAGCGGUUCGACGGCGAGCUCGAGUGGACGCACAUGGACCCCUUCUCCGGCAACGCCGCGAUCGGGUACGCGCGGCUGAACGUGGAGGACGGGCAGCGGAUCGUGUGGGAGCGGCCGUGGACGGCGGAGGCCGUCGCGUCUCGGCCGUACGUCGACGGCGUCACGCUGGGCGACGGCGUCGACUUCCCGCGCGGCGACUGGGACCCGGCAAGCGGGCUGCUGGUGCUCACCGUCCGGACGUGGGACGGCGGCGCCAAGGCCAUCCGCCCGGUCGUCAAGCGCCUGGAGCCCGGCCCGUGGGACGUCUUCGUCGGUGGGGAGCUAGCGGUGUCACGGGUCUUGUCGGCCGGGGAAGACAUCGCCCUCGAUGUGCAGGUGGGCGGCGCAGACCUGGACAUCGUCGUCGUGAAGCGUGUCUAA